UAAGAGCAGGAAACUAGAGAUGUUCUUCUAUUGCCUUAAAAAAAAUUUUAAGAAAGAAAAAACAUAUAUCGUUCCACGCCGCCAGCCCCCUUCACCCGCCUUAAAAAAUUAUAAGUCAAAAAAAACACCCAUUCACCGGCCACAACCUCUUCACCGGUCAUGCCCUUCGCCGGAAACCCCAGUACAUCGAGGUUCGAACCCUGGGUCUCCUGUGAGAUCGUCGGGAUGCCGUAUUACUGGGCUACCUUUGAGAUGGUCUCUUUGUUGCACCUUGGAUUGAACCCGGCGAAUAAUUGAUUGUAACGUCGGUUUUUCAAGUCACUGGAGAAAACAGGCUUUAUGGUGUCAGCAAAUGGAGUCUAUCGGCUUUCCUCAUCUCCUAUAUAUAGGUUCAUGUCGUGGCGCCACUCCUCUAGUAAAUUGUUCGUUGGAGGUCUUUCGUAUGAUACCAACGAACCAGUUUUAAAAGACGCUUUUGGGCAGCAUGGAGAAAUAAUUGAAGUGAAAGUUAUAUGUGAUCACAAGAGUGGUAAAUCCAAAGGGUAUGGAUUUGUGCAUUUCAAUUCUGAAGACUCUGCCCACAAAGCCUUGGUAGAAAUGGAUGGCCAGCUACUGGAUGGUAGAAAUAUUCGAAUCCAAUAUGCAAACAAGAAAUAAUAACCCCGAGAAGGCCAGGGCCAGUUUGAUGUAUCGAAAUGUUGUGUUGAUACCACCAUCAGAUGAAGCGGCAUUAAUCAAAGAAAAGGAUAAAGAAUCUGCAAUGUUAUUAGAGUUGAAAGAGUAUACAUCUGCCAUUAGCCAUACUUCUAUCUAUUCCGAUCUCCGAUGGCAGUUAUAUUUCUAGUUACGGUGUCCGUUGUACUAUCUGAUGAUGAUGAUGUACAAAAGACACAUCACUACAACAGCCUUAUUAUUCAUUAGAAAAAACCGAUUAUUACAAUUGUUCGUUGACGACUAAGGAAUAUGGAAUCGAGUUCUAUGUGGAUUCAUCAGAUAGGUUUAACGAGAGUCUUGCAAUAGAUACUAUUGAGAAUACCAUCAUAACGGAUUAUGUAGAUACCAUCCAAGCCUAUUGUAAGUAUGAGCUCACCAAGUUCAUAAGACGCCCCGAUUUUCCUACCACUCCUUUCUUCUGUAGUAAGCUUGCAAGCCUCAGGAAGGAAGACAUGAUGAUCAAUUAAGGAAGACACCGGCUUUUGAUGUUUAAUUAUUUAUUUUACUGCUUUCGUUUAUUGUUACUUGAUAGUUAUUAUUAGUUAAUUACAGUGCAUUAGAAAGCAAUUAUUAGUUAUUCGUAUAAUGAGUGGAAUAUUUUAUGCGUUGUUAUUGAACCGAUUGUUUAAUUGA